CACCCAGAUCUGAGGGAAUUUAACAUGACGGGUUCGGCUCUCAGGUGAAGGAAUGAAACUUCCGACAUGGAAACUAAAGUCCAGAUGAUCAGGGUUUAAACUCCGGGACUCACAACCGUUCCGACAUGAUCGGUAAGGACGGAGACGGAGGAGAAGCAGCAGCGUCCAAAUCCGUAAACGAUCAGGACUGGAUUAAGACGAGAGUUAAGAAGAGAGUGUGUACGACGUUCGUGGAGGAUUCAUUCAGUAAUGGCUCUCUGUGCCAGUGUGGGUCCUCGAGGGAGAACCAUGGUUCAGCUUCUCUGUGCGAUUACUUCAGCACGGCGAUCGUCAGUAAUUGGGACAAAGGCCAGCACACCUCUGAGUAUCCUACUGAUGCUUUCGGGGAGGUGGCGUUCUCGGGAGCCAGCAGGAGGCAAAGCUACUUCAUACGACUUUCCUUUGAUACUCCUCCUCACGUUGUUUAUUCCAUCUUGACCAACCAGUGGGGGUUGCCAACUCCAAACCUGGUGGUGUCGGUGGCUGGAGGGAUAAAAAAGUCAAAGGUGAAGACCUGGGUGAGAGAUGUUCUCCGGCAGGGUCUGGUCAGAGCCGCUCAGAGCACCGGGGCGUGGAUCCUGUCAGGAGGACUGCGGGUGGGUGUUGGAAAGUGCCUGGGGGAGGCCGUGAGGGAUCACGCCACAGCCGCGUCCUCGGUCUCCCUGAACAAAGUGGUGGCCAUAGGCGUCGCCCCGUGGGGUCUGGUGUGCAACCGGGAGCAGCUGGUCAACCCCGAGGGCAGUUUUCCGGCCGAUUACUUUGUUCAGAAGACGUCCCGGGAUUACCACUUCCUGGAUAGCAACUACCAAGCGUUCCUCCUGGUGGAUGAUGGAACUGUGGGUCGUAGUGGUGGGGAGGCCGGCUUCAGAGCCCAGCUAGAGGAUUACAUCUCCCACCAACGGACCGGCAAAUGCGGAACUGGGAGUAUGGACAUCCCUGUACUGUGCAUGCUGGUCUCAGGAGAACCCUCCAUGCUUGAGAGGCUGCACCUCUCUCUGAAGAAGUCCAUCCCCUGGUUGAUCCUGGCAGACUCAGGCGGGCUGGCAGACCUGGUGAGUGACGUCCUGGAGAACGUUUCGGCGGCGGCCAGUGUUCCGGGCUCAGGGUCAGAGGGCGAGGGGGAGGCGGCCACCAAAACGGACCUUCGAGGGAGAGUGGCCGAGCGAGUGCUGAAGCACUACCCCAACGAACCGGACACGGACAAGCUGGUGGACCAGGUCCUCAGUGUUUACCACAAGAAAGAUCUGAUCUCCAUCUACCACAGAGAGCAUGAGGGGUCAGAAGAUUUCGACACUGUGCUCCUGAAGGCCAUCGUCCAGGUGAGCAAGCAGAGACUGUCGGGCGACGCCAGCCCCAACAUAGAGGAGCUGAGACUGGCCGUGACCUGGAACAGGGUGGACAUCGCCCGGAGCGAGCUCUUCGUUGAGGACAUCCAGUGGCAGAGCAGCGACCUGGAGACCUUCAUGACCGACGCCCUGGUGAACGACAAGCCCCAGUUCGUCCGUCUGUUCACCGAGAACGGACUGAACGUACACGAGUACCUGACGUACGGGCAGCUGGAGAAGCUCUACUGCUCCAUCUCUGAGGGUUCUCUGACCUACACGCUGCUGCAGCGCUGCCUGGCAGAGCGGCAGGGAAACGCCGGCGUCUCGAUAAACCACAUCCCGGGCGCGGUUAAAGAGCUCACGCUGUACGAGGUGUCUCAGGUUCUUAAGUACCUGCUCGGUGACGUGUGCCAGCCGUUCUACCGGGACUGUCUGGAUCUGCAGGGCAUCACGUCCAAGAGAAAAUCCGUCAAGAAACUGUUGAAGACCCUGCAGGGGCCCAGGUACAGGGGGGAUAAGUGUCCUCACCCGUGGGCGUCCCUCUUCAUCUGGGCAGUCCUGCAGAACCGCAGUGAGAUGGCCGUCUACUUCUGGGAAAUGACCCCCGAGUCGGUGCUGAGCGCCCUGAGCGCCUGUAAGCUGCUGAGAGAACUUUCCAAACUGGAGAGCGAGACGGAGGCCAAACUGUCCAUGAAGGAACUGGCUCAGAAGUUUGAGAACUUGGCUCAUGAUGUGUUCAGUAAGUGUUAUGAGAGCAGUGAGAGCCGCUCGUUUGUUCUGCUGAAGAAGACCUCGGAGGUGUGGGGUGGCACCACGUGUCUGAAGAUGGCCAUGGAGGCUGAUGCCCGGCUCUUUUUCAGCCACGAUGGGGUACAGAGUCUGCUGAGUCAGAUCUGGUGGGGUGACAUGGACCGGAGCACUGAGGUGUGGAAGCUCAUCCUCACUCUGUUUGUUCCUCCUCUCUGCUACACCAGUCUCAUCUCGUACAGAGAGGUGGAGGAGGUAGAGGAGGAAGAUUCGCAGGAAAAGGAAAUAGACUGGCUCUACGCCGAGACCGUCUUCUCCUUCUCCGACAUGAAGCGCCGUCAGGCUAAAUUAGUAGAAGCGACUCCCAGUAGAGAUGGUAUAAAAGGAGUUCCGGCCACGCCCGUACCUAAGCGACCUCAGCGGCUGCCCUUCGUGGUGUCGCGCUGGAGGCAGUUCUGGUACGCUCCGGUCACGGCGUUCCUGGGGAACGUGCUCAUGUUCUUCCUCUUCCUGCUGCUGUUCGCGUACGUGCUGCUGGUGGACUUCAAGCCGCCGCCGCCCAAGGGCCCGACCCCGUGGGAACUGGUGCUGUACUUCUGGGUCUUCACCAUCGUGUGUGAGGAGAUUCGGCAGACCUUCUUUGUGGGUAACAUGACCGUUCGUCAGAGGAUUCGGCAGUACGCUCAGGACAUGUGGCACAAGUGUGACCUCAUCGCCAUCAGCCUCUUCCUGAUUGGUGUGUGCUGCAGGAUGUUUGAACAAACCUUUUGGGUCGGUCGUUCGGCUCUGAGUCUGGAUUACAUGGUCUUCACCCUCAGACUCAUCCACAUCUUCGGCAUUCACAAGCAGCUCGGACCCAAAAUCAUCAUCGUGGGAAAAAUGAUGAAGGACAUCUUCUUCUUCUUGUUUUUCCUGGCCGUGUGGCUCUUGGCUUACGGAGUCGCCAACCAGGCUCUGAUCUACCCGUACGACCCGAGCGCUGACCGGAUCAUGCGCCGGCUCUUCUACAGACCCUACCUGCAUAUAUUCGGACAGAUUCCUGUAGAGGAGAUAGACUCUGGAUUUAACUGGGAUGUAGAGUGCACCACCAAUGUAACCCUGAUUGAUGAAGGGAUGGAGCCGUGUAGAGAAACACAUCACAACCUGCUGGUGGUCGUUUUACUGGUCAUCUACCUGCUGGUCACCAACAUCCUGCUGGUUAAUCUGCUCAUCGCCAUGUUCAGCUACACCUUCACUAAGGUACAGGAGCGGAGCGACACCUACUGGAAAUUCCAGCGUUGCCGAGUGAUUGUGGAGUACCACUCCCGACCGUGCCUGGCUCCCCCCUUCAUCAUCAUCUCCCACUUCCACUCCUUCAUUAAGAGGAACAUCCGGAUGGUUGCCUCGGAGAAGGUGCAUCAUUUCGCUGUGGAGCUAAAGGAAAAGGCUAACAAUCGUUUGAUGACGUGGGAGAACAUCCAGAAGGAGAACUUCCUGUCUGCUGAGGGUAAAAAGCAGCGAGGGAGUGAUGGCGAGAGGCUCAAGCGAAUGUCUGUCAAAGUGGAUGGGGUUCUCAAACAGACGUCUGAGAUCAGGGACCUGGAUCGGAGGUUGAGAGCUCUGGAAUCAGAGAUGGAGUUCUGCUCGUCCACUCUGCUGUGGAUGGCCGAGGCUCUCUCUCAGAGCGACGUGGUAAAAGCUGCUAAACCUCCUCCAACACGCAAAGUAAACCCCUCUACCUCGGAGCUGAGCUGAGCUGACCUUCGUUCGUCUCUGCCACGACUUCCGUCUUUCACCUGAGGUUCCAGCACAGAUCAGCGCUGAGCUUCUCUUCAGGAGGAGCGAGACGUUUAGCAGGAGUAUAACGGAGGAGUAGAGCUGAACUUUACAUUUUAUCAUUAGUUAUGUUUUUAACAGUGAAAUAUUUCCCUGGUUUGUUGGUUCUGUUCUCUCUGUUACAUCUGAGGAAUCAUUCUCACCCUGUACCAUAACAUAAACAGGAGGAUUAUUUACUCUGGGGGCAGAAACUUUCUGUUCACGUUCUGUAAACAUUAUGAUGUUCAUCUUGGGAUGGGGGGGGGGGGCUAUAGCUUAACUCUACAUUAUUGAUGACUCUGUUAUUGUGGGUCAGUGCUGUUGGAGUGAUUUUGUACGUUUGUUGAUUAUGGGUUUAAUGAUGCUGAUACACAAUAAACUGGACGUUACACCCACAGUACAGUUACACACGGGUGUGGGCUCUGGGACGAGCGGUGGACGUUGUUUACACGGCACAUGGUAAUAAUUCUCACCACUUACCAGAUAAGCAGGGUCGAGCUCGGUCAGUAUUUGUUUGGGUACUUAAGGGUGGCACAGUGGUGCAGUGGGGGGCACUGUUGCCCCACAGCAUGUUCUCCCUGUGUCUGUGUGGCUUUCCUCCGGGUGCUCCAGUUUCCUUCUACAGUACAAAGACCUGCAGUCAGCAGGACAACUGGAGGUACUAGAAAUUAACUUAAAUGUGUGUGUGAACUGUUUGUGGGGUUUCCUGCCUUUUGCACAAAGAAUCUGACCCACUGCAACCCUGACCAGUGGUGGUAAAACAGUCCAUGAAUGACAGUGAGGUUAAUGAGUGGACGUCUUCCGUCAUCAUCAUAGUUGAAAGUUCAUGUAAUGACAUCAAUAAAAAAUUUUUUUAUUCAAA